CCCAUCGGAAACCUGUCCCCGUCGCUAUAAAUUUGCCUCCUCUCUCGAACACAAUUCUCCUCCAAAUCAAAAAUCCCCUGUUUUCUUCUCUGUAAUAAUCUCAUCGUUUUCGUCCAAAAUUUAUCAUCAUCAUCAGCCAAUCUUGCUUCUUCACUUCUUUAGCUUCUUCUGAUCAAGACCCAUUAUCUAACUUUGAUCAUCUUUGUCUUCUAAAAAAAAACCCAUCAAUGGAUUCUUGCAGCAAAUCAUCAGUUCGUGACUCUACUUCCUCUUCCCCUUUCGAAACCAUCAUUUUCGAUUUGGAUGAAACUCUGUACUCUGAAAAAUUAGGAAUCGGAGCAGCUACUAAACGCAAUAUUGAUGCAUUUCUGAUGGAGAAGUUGGGAUUCUCUGAAGCAAAAGCUUCCAGUCUCCGGGUCGAGCUUUUCAAAAGUCACGGCAGCUCUCUCGCCGGUCUUCGUGCUUUUGGCUACGAUAUUGACGCCGAAGAUUAUCACAGUGUCGUACACGGAAGGUUGCCUUACCAUGUGAUCAAACCCGACCCGCAAUUGAGAACCCUUUUGCUCUCCAUCAAACAGAGAAAAAUUAUUUUCACGAAUUCGGAUAUAAUUCACGCAACCAAAGCACUGGAUCGUCUGGGUAUUAGAGAUUGUUUCGAACAGAUCAUCUGUUUCGAGACGAUGAACCCGAACCUGCCCAAUUCAACCCGACCCGAUGAGUUCCCGGUUGUGUUGAAACCUUCCCCUGAAGCCAUGGAAAUCGCAAUCCAAACCGCCCAAGUCGAUCCUCGCCGCACGUUGUUCCUGGACGACAGCCCCCGGAAUAUCGCGGCUGGAAAGGCGGUGGGUCUCCGUACAGUUCUGGUAAGUCGGUCUCAUAAUUCUGAUGAUUUGGGUACUACAUUUGAUGCGUCAUGUACAACCUCUCUAAGCGUGACGUCCCGCUGUAGGUGGGACCCAUCGCCAAUUGUUUGGUUCAUUCAUAUUUCAUACUCCAUAAUUCAUAAUAUGGAUACAUUAUUUAUGCAUAAUGUACACAAAUCAUAAAUCUCAAAACACCAUUUUUCUCUCUUUUAAUACCCAUUUGGCAAAAAAAAAAUAAUAAUAAUAAUUUGGUAAAUAAAUUUACACUCUUAUUAUUGCUUAAUAAUAUAGGUUCCGAACGAAUGAUUAUCCAGUAAUCUUAGUUUCUGUAGUUACUUUAAGUAUACGGUAUCUAAAAUUUUAUCGAGUUUUACGUGAUUUGUGAAGUUUUUUCAUUUUGUUUGUUCGAUCUUAUGAAUAUUUGAAGGUGGGAAAAGCGGCCAAGACGAAAGAAGCCGAUUAUGCAUUAGAAACGGUGACAAACCUUAAGCAAGUGGUACCGGAAAUAUGGUAUAAUCCAGAAGAAGGAAAAGGAGAGAACAAAACUACAACUACAACUACUGCUACUAAAAGGAUUGUGCGUAGUAGAAGUGAAAUGGAUGCUGCCCUUGCAACCACUGCAGUUGGUGCAUAAUAAGAAAUGCUAAUCAAAAGGAGUUUCUUUAUUAAAUGGUUUAACAUUGGUAAUGCCCUUUUGUUGAUUGCAUAAAUCUUCAAUAAUUCAACUUAGGGCACCUGUUCUUUUUUCUUUUCUUUUCUUUUUUUUUUUAAAUGUCCAAAUGUACAAUCUCUAGUGUAUCAGGUCUUUGUAUGGUUCUUGUAAAUGUGUGUUGAUUGAUAACAACAUGUAUCCAAUCAAUUUAAUGCAAAAUUUGACUUCUCCUUCUUUUUGUACAAAAAAGAAGCUUCUAGCCCUUUACUUGUUAGUAUAUAAACCGACAAAACUAGUCUCUUCAUUUUUCAUAAUAAAUUUUUUGAUAACAAGAACUUUGUACUACAAUUGAUUGAUCCAAUCGACCUCUGAACUAAACCAUACGUCCGUGCCUCUGAUCUAGAAGUUUUUUCAGGACUUGAUUAAAUUAAUUAACAUGUCACAUAUCCUUUGAUGUUGGAUGAAUUAGUUAUUAACUAGUAUAAAUAAACAAGAUUAUAAUAAACAUCAAUUAAGUUAGACUGUGUGUGUGUGUCCACGUCAAAGACACAUAAUUUGAUUGAUUAAUUUGUUUAUCCGAGUGGGUGUGCGUCAGGUAAGUAACAAAAAGGAUAAGCUGAUAAGGACCAUGAUAUUAUAAUAUUGCUAGUGUCACUUCUU